AGUCGGAGCUUAACAGCCACGGGAUGUCGGUGCCCCAUGGACCCACCCCCGCUCCUGUCGCAGAGCCUCACACCCAGGAGCCAGGCUCGGACAAGAGAGAUGGUCGCCUCUCAGUCUGUACAAAGGUGUGCUAUGGCAUUGGUGGGGUCCCCAACCAGGUGGCCUCCAGCGCCUCAGCCUUCUACCUGCAACUCUUCCUACUGGAUGUGGCCCAGAUCCCCGCUGCCCAGGUGUCACUUGCCUUGUUUGGAGGGAAGGUGUCUGGGGCAGUUGCAGACCCUGUGGCUGGCUUCUUCAUCAACAAGAGCAGAAGGACGGGGUCUGGACGGCUAAUGCCUUGGGCGCUGGGCUGCAUGCCCUUAAUCGCACUGGCCUACUUCUUCCUGUGGUUCCUGCCCCCAUUCACCAGCCUUCGUGGGCUCUGGUAUACCAGCUUCUACUGCCUGUUCCAGGCCCUGGCUACGUUCUUCCAGGUGCCCUACACUGCGCUCACUAUGAUCCUCACCCCCAGCCCCAGGGAGCGAGACUCUGCCACCGCAUACCGGAUGACCAUGGAGAUGGCAGGGACACUGAUGGGAGCCACUGUCCACGGGCUCAUUGUGUCCAGUGCCCACGGGUCCCAGAGGUGUGAGGACACUGUGCACCCCAGGAGUCCUGCUGUUUCCCCAGAUGUAGCUCGCCUCUAUUGUAUUGCAGCUGCCGUGGUUGCCUUGACUUAUCCUGUGUGUGGAAGUCUGCUGUGCCUAGGAGUGAAGGAGCAGCCAGAUACUUCUGCCCCAGCCUCAGGCCAAGGCCUGAACUUCUUCACUGGCCUGGCCAUCACUUCCCAGCACCCACCCUACCUGAGCCUGGUGGUCUCUUUCUUGUUCAUUUCAGCUGCCGUCCAGGUGGAACAAAGUUACCUAGUCCUGUUCUGUACACACGCCUCUAAGCUCCAAGAUCAUGUUCAGAACUUGGUGCUCAUCAUUCUGGUCUCAGCUGUGCUGAGCACCCCACUGUGGGAGUGGGUUCUCCAGCGAUUUGGGAAGAAGACAUCUGCAUUCGGCAUCUGUGUGAUGGUGCCCUUUUCUAUCUUGUUGGCUGCUGUGCCCUCAGCACCGGUGGCCUAUGUUGUGGCCUUUGUCUCUGGCGUGAGCAUUGCUGUGUCCCUGCUGCUACCCUGGUCCAUGCUGCCAGAUGUGGUGGAUGACUUUCAGCUGCAGCAUCGGUGUGGCCCAGGCGUGGAGACCAUCUUCUACUCAUCCUACGUCUUCUUCACCAAGCUGUCAGGCGCGGGUGCCUUGGGCAUCUCUACCCUCAGUUUGGAGUUUGCAGGGUAUGAGGCAGGGGCCUGCCAGCAAGCAGAAGAAGUGGUGGUCACUCUCAAGGUCCUCAUCGGUGCUGUGCCCACCUGUAUGAUCCUUAUUGGCCUGUGCAUCCUCCUGGUUGGCCCCACUCCCAAGAUGCCACGUCAGGACACUUCCUCCCAGCUAAGCCUUCGGAGGAGGACUAGCUACAGCCUUGCCUGAACUUUAAGGAGACCUCUGUGAGCUGGAAAGGAGAAACCUGCAUUUUCUGGAACUCUCUAGCCCACAGCUCCUUGCCUGUUGGACCUGGAUCCUUUCAGGCUUGUACCCCAGACUGCUCCACCUUCAAGAAACCUGAUUCUAAAAGCAUCCUCCUGGAAGGUUUCCAGCAUCAGGAAGCCCUGCCUACCCUGGCCCUGUACAUUCCUUUUGCUAAAUGGCAGAGUUCCAACACAGGAAUUCAGACACAGGCCUGGCUUGCAUUCACACUCCAGUGGCCACCCGGACACAGUGCAAAUGGUCAGGCUGAGGAAACAGGACAUGUUGGAAGCUAAGCAGGUAUUUAUCCAGCAUUUUGCUCUGUUCACACCAGUUGAGGUUACUUCUAUCCAUAGACAGAGGAUGACAUGGAACCAUCAGAGGCCAGCUACUUUUACAAACAAAUUGUGAAAUAUUCUGAAAUUCUAUGGUAUAUAUAAAACCAUAUACUAGGAAUUACAGUUUUCUAGGGUCUCUGUCUUUGGGGAAGAAAGAUUCACUGGGGUUUAUAUUUUUUUAAAAAAACAAGUUUAGCUGGGUAUGGUGACGCACACAUGCAGUCCCAGCAUUGGGGAACAGAAGCAGGAAAAUCAUGAGUUAGAGGCCAGCCUCCACUACAUAUCAAGUUUGAGGCCAGCCUGAAGAACCUGAGACCCUGUCUUCAAAGCAAAUAAAAACUAAAGCUUAUUUCCUACCACGUGGGUAAAAUGUGACCAUGGGUGCCCUACCAUCCCAUGCUAGAGUCCCUGGAUGGGAAGCCAUUAAGCAUAGUUCUGGCCCCAGCCACCGAUCAGGCACCGUAUUGUGUGGAUGAAGUAGGAAAGAUCAGGGCCACCCCCAGCCCAAAAGCAAACAGCUUGUCCCUUAUUGCUCUCCUCACCUCUUGCCACUCCUAUCGCCUCCUUCCCUGCCACCCUGGAAGCCCAUUAAACUUGGUUUCAGCCUCCAAAAUAAAGACAGCUCUGCUCCACAGGACAGACUCCAGCACACACAAGAGAGAAGGAAGUUUGUACCCUGUUUCCACUUUUGCCACAAGUAACUGCUUGAUUUACUUGUUUUUUCUAAAGAUUUAUUUCCUUUAUGUGUAUAUGUUUGUGCCUGAGUGUACAUGCAUGUAGAUGCCGGCAGAGACCAGCAGAGGGCAUCAGAGCCCCUGGAGCUAUAGUUGUGAGGGGUUGUAGGCUGCCCAGUACCGGUGCUGGUUACCAAACCCAGGCCCUCUGCAAGAGCAGCAAAUGCUGCGAACAGUGUUACUUUGUUGUAGUUUGAGACAAGGUCUCAUGUAGCCGAGGUUGGCUUUAAACUGAUCCUGCUGCCUUUAGCACUCAAGUACCAGGAUUACAAGCAUGGAUCACAUCUGGUAAUCUUGCUUUAAAAAAAUCUAAGUUUAGUUGUCUAGACAAGAGGUAUGUUGCGGGCUGGAGAGAUGGCUCAGUGAGUAAGAGCACUUCCGAAGGUCCUGAGUUCAAAUCCCAGCAACCACAUGGUGGCUCACACCACCCGUAAUGAGAUCUGAUGCCCUCUUCUGGUGUGCCUGAAGACAGCUAGAGUGUACUUAUGUAUAUUAAUAAAUAAAUCUUU